UUUCUUACUAUUUGAUGCAGCUGUUUUAAAUUCAAAUUCAAAGGUUUCAAAUUCAAAACCAAAUGAUAGAUCAGGUAAAUACAGCAAUACAAUUAGCAGUAAUCUCCUUCCCCCAUUUCUUUUAACAGAGAUCAUGGCAAGUUAUCAUUGCUGUCCUAAAAUUUGUCUGGAAGAUGAAGUAGAUGGGUUCAGGUUGGACAAAUUCUCACAACCAACAGCAACAAACCUGAAAAACUGCAUGCAACAUCUGCUUACUUUUGUUCAUGACGUAGAACCUUUUGCCAUCUUUUUACCAGAUGAAAAUACUGAAGAACACCAGGCCAUAUUUUUGCUGCAUAAAUAUAGAGAGAACUGUCAGCAUCAAAAUGGGUUAGCUGUAGUCUUCAGCAAGUGUUCUGACAACAAGAUGUACGUCUUGUGUUCUUCAAGUUGUGGGGAAAUAAGCUUUAAGGAAAGAGAAAUACCAAAUAACAUACAGUCUCAAGCGAGUGAAUGCAUAUUCUACCAGAGGACAUUUUCAGAUGGCAGUUCUUCUCUGCGGUUUGAGUCAUCAGUGAAAAAGAACUUUUAUCUGGCUUGUGAAGAGACAGAGAGUUUUCAGAAACUCAUUUUAAAGUACUGCCCCCCUGGUAACUUGGAUGAAACGAUAGCAAUGUAUAUAAGUAUCUUGCCAAACUACAAAUGAUUGUCAAAUUUAAGAAGCCAGGGACAACAUGCAAGUGGGAAAAAAAUGAGCGUCUUCCACAUCGCCCUGCGUGUUGUUCUGUAAGGUGCAGCUCAUUGCUCUCCAAAGUGCAGCAUGUUGUGUUCCAGAAUGGAUCACAAAGAGCCGCACCAUGGUCUGAAUACACUGCUGCCUUUGUAUGGCAGCACUGCAAUCAGAGUUGGUGGUAAUGGCACAUACCCUGGAUCCCUCCAAGCUUGCACAUGAGGUGCAUUAGAGUCCUGUAGCAACCUACCUGCAUAUGGCAAGUAGUUAAGAACAGGGCUGCCUUGCAGCUGGGAGUGCUGUGAUUUUUGAUGCUCAGAUUAAACUGUGGCAUUAUAUUUAAGAGCAUGAUAGAAUAAUUCAAUGUUCACCCUUUUGUACUACCGUUGAUAUAUGCAAAUUAGUUUUCAAGUUCAUUUGGGUUCAAUUCUGCAUUGCAGCUGUUGCAACUACAUUUACCUUCACGUUACAUUUUAGUAUGUUAUAGAUUUAUGGUUAGUUUUUAGUUAGUUUUAAUUAUUUAAUUUGUAUGGUUUUUUUUAAGUAUUAGCAUUCCGUUUUUGUCUCUUGCGUCAUUUGACACUGACCUGGACAACCAAACAUCAGAUUUACUGUGGGACUUAACUUAAUUGCUAUUUUUAGUGACUAACUCCGACAUGUGCAUGAAGAGACAGAUUGCUCAGAGGUUGAUAUUUAUAUUUAUUUAUAGUUAUUUCAUUGAGAUAAAACUUAUAUUAAAUUGUCAUUACCAGGAAGGUCCCCCUUAAAAGUUAAACAGACACUUUUUUACUUUUUAAUAUUGUGUAUCUAUAAUUUUAAAAAAUUCUUAGAACUUUUUUUUUCCCUUUACCAGUUUCUGGAUCCAUUAGCGCUUCUACCACAGCUACCUUACUGAGCCAGGCUAGGGAUGGGUACAAAGACCUCAUAGGCUGGAGAUACUACAGUACUGUAUUCUAUCAGGUUAUUGCUCAGCCCCAUAGCCUGUGCUGAGUCUUACACUAAUAUGUACCAGAGGGAUACUGGGAUUUUUGUUUGUUUUUUAUGAGAACAAUUAUUUAAUUUGACAGAGGCGUUCCUAUAAAAACUGGAAUGUGCCAACAUUAUAAUAGUGGGAUAGAAAUAUUAUUUAUAUAUUUGAUAUAUACUUGAUAGACCAGUCAUAUGUGUUAUACAUGUUAUUUAUUUGAUGUUGUGUUCAUUUAAAAAAAUGUUUUUAAAAAUGCUAACCCUUGAACACUUCGGGGC